GUGUGUGUAUCUGCUCCGUCAGUUAAAGGAGCCGACUGCAAUAAGAUGGCUUCGCCGUUCCUGCGGAGCGGGAGCAGCGGCGGCGGCGGCGGUGGCGGGUUGCUGAGGCUGGGACAGCAGGAGAUCCCUCUGAGCGCACUGAGCCCCAAGUUCCUGCACACCAACUCCACCAGUCACACUUGGCCGUUCAGUGCAAUGGCAGAGCUGAUAGAUAAUGCAUAUGACCCAGAUGUAAAUGCAAAGCAGAUGUGGAUUGAUAAGACUACAAUAAAGGAAUCAAUUUGCUUGAUAUUUGCUGACAAUGGCCAGGGGAUGAAUCAAAGCAAGUUGUACAAAAUGUUGAGCUUUGGAUUCAGUGACAAAGUUGCAAUAAAUGGUCAUGCUCCUGUUGGGCUUUAUGGCAAUGGCUUCAAGUCUGGAUCUAUGCGAUUGGGAAGAGAUGCAUUGGUUUUCACAAAAAAUGGAGAAACAUGUAGUGUGGGCUUCUUGUCUCAGACUUAUCUUGAAGCGAUAAAAGCAGAAAAUGUGAUUGUACCGAUUAUUUCGUUCAACCAGAACCGAAAGCUUAUAAGUGACGACAUGCAGUCAAGUUUGAAAGCAAUUUUACAGCAUUCUUUAUUCAGUACAGAAAAGGAGCUCCUGGCAGAACUGGAUUCUAUUUCUGGAAAACGAGGAACAAGGAUUAUCAUUUGGAAUAUAAGAAAAACCAGGGAUGGAAAGCCAGAGUUUGACUUUGAAUCUGAUAAGCACGAUAUCAGAAUCCCUGGAGACGUUUUGGAUGACGACACAGGAAAGAGAAAGUACAAAAGGCAGGAACGGAUGGACCAAAUUGUGCCAGAAAGUGAUUAUUCAUUAAGGGCUUAUUGUAGUGUUUUGUAUCUGAAACCACGGAUGCAAAUCAUUCUUCUGGGAAUGAAAGUCAAAACUCAGCUUAUUUCUAAAAGUCUUGCUCAUAUUGAACAUGACAUAUAUAGACCAUCAUUUAUUAACAAAAAUAUAAAAAUUACCUUUGGCUUUAACUGGAGAAACAAAGAACAUUUUGGGAUAAUGAUGUACCAUAAAAACAGACUGAUUAAACCUUACGAGAAAGUUGGCUGUCAGCUCAGAGCAAACAACAUGGGAGUGGGUGUCAUUGGAGUUAUUGAGUGCGACUUUCUCAAGCCCACACAUAACAAACAGGACUUUGAUUAUACAAAUGAGUAUAGACUGACAGUUCAAGCACUAGGACUGAAGCUGAACGAUUACUGGAAUGAGAAAAAGAAUAAAAGAAACCAAGAUGAUCCACAGAAUAUUGUACCAGUAGAAGAUUUACAGAAACUUCCUGAUCAGGUUUGGGCUCAGUGUGAUGGCUGUUUAAAAUGGCGAAAGCUUCCAGAUGGGAUAGAUCCAGAUAAGCUGCCUGAUAAAUGGUUCUGUAGCAUGAAUCCAGAUCCACGUUUUAGGAGCUGCAGUGUCCCAGAAGAACCUGAAGACACUGCUGAAGUUACUCCCAGUUAUGAGAAAACAUAUAAAAAACAAGAACAAAGAAACCGUGAGAAGAAUCGACAGCGACUUGGGGACCAAUGCAAACAGAAAUACUUAGAAGAACAGCUUAAACGUAAAGAACAAGAACUUCAGGAGGAGAGAAAGAAACGACGGCAAAGUGCAGACCUGCGGAACAUCAUACAGAAAUAUACUAAGGAAGCUGAUGCUCUUCGGAAGGAACAGGCAAUAUUGCAGCAAAAGCUGCAGGCAAAGAACUUUCAAGCUAUAUUGCCAGGACAGGCAGAUUCUCAUAAAAACACACAAGUAACUUUGAGUGCCCAGAGCCUCACUAAGUGGGUGGUCAAUGGAGAUAAUACAUUGAACAUAUCACCCAACCUGGAAACUACUGCUUCAGCCUCUCCUGUGAGUAAUCUUCAAAUUGUGGAAGUCAAAUCGCUGUCAUCUCCACAAAUGCCAUCAAAUGGCCAAAGUGCUAAACGAAUACUUAACUAUGAGGGUGCAAGUCCAAAUCCAAAAAAACCAAAAUUAGAUGAAGGAGUGACUCUUAACAACUCUGUGAAUGGGGAAACUGUUACUGAUAUAACAUUUGAUGACGAUGUCAUCCUUAUCGAUGAAAAAAGCACUCCAAGGCCUAUUUUAACUUUUGACUUGUCAAAAGUAAAAUGUGAGCACAGAACAAGUACAGAUACGACUGACUGUUGCAAUGACGAUGUCGUGUUGCUCAACAACCGUGAAGGAAAAGCUACAGGGACACAAACUGAUAACUCACCAAUUUCUGUCAAGGAAGAGGGCACCACAUCUGAAAAACAGAGCCUCUCAAGUAGCACCAGUGAUCAGAAAGAACAAAUUCAGCAGCCCUGUGAUGGCACACUUCAAUGUUUGGCAGAUACUAAGGAAAGCAUAACUAAAACCAACGAAGAAGUAAGCAUCCAGAAAGACUUGCUGAAAGCCAUGACUGAAGAGAGGGAUCACUAUAAGACAAAAUAUGAACAGUUAGAAAAAGAGCUAGAAAAAUUGCAAGAAAAGCUAUUUGAUGAAAGCGAGUGUCAUGUCAAAAAAGAGAUCUGCCAUCAAUGUACACAGUCUGACUUUAUUAUUGGGGACAAGGCAGAUAACGUGGAAAAUUUCUGCAAACUUACUAAUGAGGAAAAGACAACCCAAUAUGACCUGGCACUCCAGGAAAUGGAAAAGUUAAGGCGACAGUGCCAGACAUUGGAGAAUUUAAAGUUUGAAUGUUUCACUUGUAAUCUUAAAGAAAAUGAUCAUUUGGUAAAAAAGGAGGAAGACGAGCUAGUUCUACAGUUGGACAGCAUGUUCCGACAAUUGGAUAGCUGCAAGUCUGAGCGGGAUCAGUAUAAGGAAGAAGCUGAACGAUUACAAAGUGAAAAUGAUACACUCAAGUUCAAAUGGGCAAAUCUUUCUAAAGAAGUGGAAUGUUUAAAGCGUGAAGCCACUGAAGCACAACAGAGUAACCUUCCAGAGGGCAGCAGCGUGAAACUCCGGUCUCUGCGGAUUGGUGUUGCACAGCUUUUGGUUAAUAUUAUACCUGAACUGGACUUAGCACAAAUAAACUAUGAAAGUGAAGUUGUUGAUGAGAUUUUGGACCAAGUGUUAUCUGCCAAUGCAUCAUGAAGACUGUCUUGUGUUUUACAACAUGGAUUUAUUGUAAAAGGUAUCCAGUGGAUUAUGUAACCAUAUCAAAUAGACUUUUGAUAAAACCAGAGCUUACAAGUAAGCGAAUUAUGCACUUCUGUGAUAACUAUGGUUUCUAAUAUUUUUUCAAUAGACCAAAAGUGUUGACAUUUUUUAAGUUGUGAGCCGCUAGUAAGUCUAUUCCAGCUUUGGUGCAAAGCAGCAUUAAUAUAUUGCAGACUGAGUAAGCAUUAUGGGCAGUUUGAAGCAUGUUUGAGGAAGCCGCAGGUUCAAUUACAGUAAACAGUUCAAACUAGUAUUGUUAAUUUCUUUCCCCUUUCUUGCAUGAAGAUGAUAUUCUCUUUUGAGGUAUUUUAUCCAAUUCUUUUGCUCAUGCCAUAUGAGGCUAAGAUGUUGACUGCCCACCUUCCAAAACAACUUGGGAUCAGUAAAAUGGGAAAGUAUUAUGUUGUUUGGUCAAUUAGGUAUAAUUUUCUGUUAAAAAGAGAAAUGCAGCAACCUUUCAAGAGUUUUCGUUCGUGUUUCAUUAAGCAGUGAUUUUAUGCAUGUUUUGUUGGUCUUUAAGCUAAAUAAUGGUGCUCUUAUGGUUACUGUAAUCACAUUAAUUUCUCUAUAAGGUGUUACAUAGUAUUAGCUAGUAUUUGUAGUACAGAAACAUGCUUUCAACCCAUUGUAAAUUAAUUAUAAUCAGUUCUUAAAGUGUGAAUGAAUUUGCACUGCCACUCAGCCACUCAGGCUGGUUCUACCAGAUAUCCCAAAUUAUUUUUCUAUUGGAGAAAAUGUAGUUUAUGUGGUACAGAGCUUAAUUUCCUUUCCUGGUGAUUGGAAAAAAAGUGGGGCUGUGAAGAACCAAGGUCACUCCUAGGAGAUAGGUUUGUAUGUAUACAUAGUUUAAACAAUUGAAAGAUAUCUCAGUUUGUUUUAAUUUUGAAAUGUGCACAGGGAGUUGAAGGAUUGCCCAAAGCUAUUUGGUUUCCAACCCUAACAUUUUUGAUAUUCUGCAGAAGUUUAUUUUGUUCCAUUUUUCUGCGUGCACAUUUCUGUACCAGACAACUGUUAACAAUUCAAAUAUUCAUCUAAGGCUAAAUUCACUACUCCAUUAUUCCCUUUAUUUAUCAAUAUAUGCUUUACUUCAAACUUCAUUUCUCCAGUAAUUCUAUUUUAAUUAAGAGAUAGUAAAAAAUUUAUUAUGUUACUGAACAUAGAGAAAUUCUAUAGCUCUAUGAUGAGGACAUGCCUUUUUAAAAUAUAUUGGUAAUUUAUUUUUGCCCAUUUCCUCUCUUUAGACUCUUGCAGGAAGUUCCAUUGGUCUCUAGUCUUCUAGUCUUUACCUAUUUGGCCAUUCAACAAGUGCAAGCCUAUAGUUUUACCAGGCUGUUCAGUUGCAGAGGCUAUCGCAUCUAAGCCAGAUCUUUUUCUAAUUGAAUGAACAUGCACUUUUCAGCCUCUUUUUGAAUAGUGAUUUAGGUUUGAGAAAUCUAGCUUUCUGCACUUUCCCUACUAGCCUGCAGGUAUUGAAGUCGCUAUUCUCAGCUAGGGCAGCAAUAGCAAUCUGCCUCAAUAAUGUCCUUAGGUUAAGAAUGGAAAAGCUGGCUUGGGCAUUCAUUUCAUGUGGGGUAUUUGUGGAUAGAAUCAGUCUUUACUGUGGUGCCCCACUGCGAUGCUUGCUGUUCAGGCAUACAGAUGGGUUACCCCACUUGACUGAGGUGCUGGCCAACCAGCAUGUGUGGAAUCAGGUAUGCAUUCAGAAAUCAAUGCCAUCAGUAAAAGACAGGAGAAAAAUAUAUAUAUUAAGUAUUAUAUUCCCUGUAAACCAUUGAAAUAAAACCCAGCAUCGCUUCAUUUCAUUGUGGCAGGGUAUUGGUGGAUGACCUCAUACUCUACCAUAGGAAAUUCUGGACAGGAUGGAACACUUCAUGCGAAUUGCAUGAAUAUAAAUAGAAUAACUAGUCUCUGAGUUGAGAUGCAGCUAAGCUGUGGUUUGUUACCUCGACCCAUUUAAUAUGUUACUGCAUACCAGGCCACAGACCAGUCUAGUACACUUUUUUAUAUCCCUCCCAUCUUUGCAUGUAAGAAUUUUUGUUGAGUGCUUUCUGUUAAUAUCAAACUGUAAAUUGAUAGUUAGAAUUUGACUGUAUAUGUGGGUUACAAUUUAUUUUUCAAUUGCUUUGCUGAUGGAAUAUUGACUUGCGUUAUUUUAACACAAAAAUGGGGCAAUGUGGAUUGACCCGUCACUGAAAUACUUUAUACUCAGUCAAUACAUUGGUGUGAUUUGUUUCAGUACCUGUUGAUGCUCCUAGGAAGAUGAAGUUAAAAGCUAUUUAUCUUUUUUAAAAUGUACCAUAUGGUCAGAACUUCUAAUGGAAAAUUUCUAUAAUAUUCAAAAUUUCAUUUGUGAAAAUAUACAACUGUACUAUCA